AUGCGUUCUUCGCCAAUAUACUCCCUCCGCAUACGCACUUUCGUGUCUCGACAUGAUGCGACUCCCUUUGCAUCGGUGCAGAAGCCUAUCAAGGCUGCCUAUUACCGAGGAGGGACAUCGCGGGCAGUCAUGAUCCAACCUCAGCAUCUCCCCAAAGAGCGCGCAAAAUGGCCGACCAUCUUCCGCCAGAUCAUGGGAAGUGGUGAUUCCUAUGGACGACAACUCGACGGUAUGGGUGCGGGCAUAUCGAGUUUGAGCAAGAUAUGUCUAGUCGAGCCCUAUGGAAAAAGGAUUGCUCCUGAAGUAGACGUUGACUAUACUUUCGUUGGUCUAGGCAUUGAGAACAAUGAAGUCGACGUUGCAGGCAAUUGUGGGAACAUGAGUAGCGCCAUCGGUCCCUAUGCAUACAAUGCAGGCCUCCUUCCGCCUCGAAUCUAUGCGCAGGGUGACGGAGAGGUUACAGUCAGAAUCCGGAAUACCAAUACCGGCAAGUUGAUAAACUCUACCUUUACGGUUCUCGGGGCCCAGGCUACCGUUGUGGGAGAUUAUAGCAUUGAUGGGGUGACUGGAAACGGUUCAAAGAUCAAACUUGACUUCAAACACCCAUAUGGCAGUAAGACCGGUAAAGUGCUUCCUACGGGCAAACGGAUAGACAACAUCGCAGGCUAUAAAGUAUCCUGCGUAGAUGGAGCAAAUCCGGCAGUCUUCAUCCGCGCAGACGAUGUUGGCGUAGAUGGUACGAUCCUUCCCAACGACUUCAACAGGCUUCCGGACAAGCUCGCAUUACUCGAAAACAUACGAAAGGCCGCAGCAGUGGCAAUGGGAAUUGCAGCAACACAAGAAGAGGUACCCCGUACUAUUCCCAAGAUCGGCCUUGUGUCGCAGUCAUCCACUCACCCUGUACUAUCCGGAAAAACACUUCUGUCAUCACAAAUGGACAUUGUCAUCCGUUUCCUCUCAGACACGCAACCCCAUCGGGCUAUUCCAUUGACUGCAGCAUUGACAACAGCAGUCGCUGCUCGUAUACCUGGGACCAUUGUUGAGCAGAUGCUAGCCCCUGACCCUUUGAUGAAGGGUGCGAUCACCAUUGGCCAUGGCAGUGGGCGAUUGCAAGUCAAUGCCACCAUGGACGAAACGGACAAGCUCAUUCCAGUUACCGGUACCGUGUAUCGGACAGCUAAGAGACUGUUUGAGGGGGAAAUUUUCUGGACCGAC